GGGGAGGGGAGGGCGCAAGUGUUUGGGGGGGACUAAGGUAGCUUCAGUGAUAUCCAAUAAACCGCUGCUACGGCCGGGGGGCGGCGCAGAUGCCGCCGAGUCGGUGGUCACGAAGCGACACUCAGCCCAGGCCACACAGUCAAGAGGCUGAGUGUUCAGUCCGCCCCUCCUUUGGACCACUUGAGAUCCCGCUGAGCCUCGUUCUCGGGUUUCUCAGACACCAGACACAGGAAAGUUCUGGAUGCCCAGGCUACCCUUUGCAAUCUGCUGUGCCUCCUCUGAUCUGGGCUCUGAAAGUGCCCACUUGGGUCCAAAGAGGCACUUGGGUCCCCAGAACUGCACCUUCACUACCCGCCCGGAUGUCCCUACCCACCCCCCCAGUAACCUCCUAGAGGCACCCUCCCCCGUCCACCAUCCCCUCCCCCAAACUACAGCCUGAGCUCGCUCUUGCGCGCGCGCUCUCCUGGGCCCAAGUGAAUAGUCCUAGCUCGAGCGGGACACGGUGGUGGAUGCAAUUCCCCUGGCCUCCAGCCGCCAGGAGCUCUCCGGCGGCGCAGGCAGCAUCGUCCCCUCAAGCAGCCGCUCCUGCACCUGGGCAGCCUGGACCCUCGUGCCCUGCUCACGGGGCCUCGCGCGGGGGGCGCCCCGGGACUUCACCUGCGGACCGGGUGGAGGAGGAAGAGGAGGAGGAAGAAGAAGAGAGCUUGGUUCAGGACCCCCACCCUACUAGGGACACCUGGCUGCGCCGCUGCGGCCACUUCUUUUUAAGGAGGAGAAGAGAACCAGCCAGAGCCAUGGGGGGCUGCGAAGUCCGGGAAUUUCUUUUGCAAUUUGGUUUCUUCUUGCCCCUGCUGACAGCUUGGACCGGCGACUGCAGUCACGUCUCCAACCAAGUUGUGUUGCUUGAUACAACUACAGUGAUGGGAGAACUAGGAUGGAAAACAUAUCCAUUGAAUGGGUGGGAUGCCAUUACUGAAAUGGAUGAACACAACAGGCCCAUACAUACAUACCAGGUAUGCAAUGUCAUGGAACCAAACCAGAACAACUGGCUUCGUACUAACUGGAUCUCUCGUGAUGCUGCUCAGAAAAUCUAUGUGGAAAUGAAGUUCACACUGAGGGAUUGUAACAGCAUCCCAUGGGUCUUGGGAACGUGUAAAGAAACAUUUAAUCUGUAUUAUAUUGAAUCGGAUGAAUCCCACGGGACUAAAUUCAAGCCAAGCCAAUAUAUAAAGAUUGACACAAUUGCUGCGGAUGAGAGUUUUACUCAGAUGGAUUUGGGUGAUCGCAUCCUUAAACUCAACACUGAAGUUCGUGAGGUGGGGCCAAUAGAAAGGAAAGGAUUCUAUUUGGCUUUUCAAGAUAUUGGAGCAUGCAUUGCUCUGGUCUCAGUCCGUGUUUUCUACAAAAAAUGCCCCUUCACUGUGCGGAACUUGGCUAUGUUUCCGGAUACCAUCCCAAGGGUUGACUCUUCCUCUUUGGUUGAAGUGCGGGGUUCAUGUGUGAAGAGUGCUGAGGAGCGAGAUACUCCUAAACUCUACUGUGGAGCUGAUGGAGACUGGCUCGUUCCUCUUGGAAGGUGCAUCUGCAGUACAGGGUAUGAAGAAAUCGAGGGUUCUUGCCAUGCUUGCAGGCCAGGAUUCUAUAAAGCAUUUGCUGGGAACACAAAAUGUUCCAAAUGCCCUCCCCACAGCUCAACCUUCGUGGAAGCAACUUCGGUCUGCCAUUGUGAAAAGGGUUACUUCCGGGCAGAAAAAGACCCACCUUCUAUGGCGUGUACUAGACCACCUUCAGCUCCUAGAAAUGUGGCUUUUAACAUUAAUGAAACAGCCCUUAUUUUGGAAUGGAGCCCACCCAGUGACACAGGAGGGAGAAAAGAUCUCACAUAUAGUGUAAUCUGUAAGAAAUGUGGCGUAGACGCUAGCCAGUGUGAAGACUGCGGGGCAGGACUUCGAUUCAUCCCAAGACCCACCGGACUUAUCAACAAUUCCGUGGUAGUACUUGACUUUGUGUCUCACGUCAAUUAUACCUUUGAAAUAGAAGCCAUGAAUGGAGUUUCUGAGUUGAGCAUUUCUCCCAAGCCAUUCACAGCUAUUACAGUGACCACAGAUCAAGAUGCACCUUCUCUGAUAGGUAUGAUGAGGAAGGACUGGGCAUCCCAGAACAGCCUUGCCCUAUCAUGGCAAGCACCUGCAUUUUCCAAUGGAGCCAUUCUGGACUAUGAGAUCAAGUACUAUGAGAAAGAGCAUGAACAGCUCACCUAUUCCUCCACGAGGUCCAAGGCCCCAAGUGUCAUCAUCACAGGCCUCAAGCCAGCCACCACGUACAUAUUUCACAUCCGAGUGAGGACUGCGACAGGAUACAGUGGCUACAGUCAGAAGUUUGAAUUUGAAACAGGAGAUGAAACUUCUGACAUGGCAGCGGAACAAGGACAGAUCCUGGUCAUAGCCACGGCGGCCGUCGGGGGAUUCACUCUCCUAGUUAUCCUCACUUUGUUCUUCCUCAUCACUGGGAGGUGUCAAUGGUACAUCAAGGCCAAAAUGAAGUCAGAAGAGAAGAGAAGAACACACUUACAGAACAGCCACCUGCGCUUCCCAGGAAUCAAAACCUACAUUGAUCCAGAUACUUAUGAAGACCCAUCUCUAGCAGUCCACGAAUUUGCAAAAGAGAUUGACCCUUCAAGAAUUCGCAUUGAGAGAGUGAUCGGAGCAGGUGAAUUUGGAGAAGUCUGCAGUGGGCGUUUAAAGACACCAGGGAAAAGGGAAAUCCCAGUUGCCAUUAAAACAUUGAAAGGUGGCCAUAUGGACCGACAAAGAAGAGAUUUUCUAAGAGAAGCUAGCAUCAUGGGUCAGUUUGACCACCCAAACAUCAUUCGCCUAGAAGGUGUUGUCACUAAAAGAUCCUUCCCAGCGAUUGGGGUGGAAGCCUUCUGCCCCAGCUUCCUAAGGGCUGGGUUUUUAAACGGCAUCCAAGCACCACAUCCAGUGACUGCAGGAGGCUCUCUGCCCCCCAGGAUCCCUGCAGGCCGGCCGGUAAUGAUCGUGGUAGAGUAUAUGGAGAAUGGAUCUCUAGACUCCUUUUUGCGGAAGCACGAUGGCCACUUCACCGUCAUCCAGUUGGUCGGCAUGCUUCGGGGCAUCGCAUCAGGCAUGAAGUAUCUUUCCGACAUGGGAUACGUUCAUCGAGACCUAGCAGCGAGGAACAUCUUGGUGAACAGCAACUUAGUAUGCAAAGUCUCUGAUUUCGGCCUCUCCCGAGUGCUGGAAGACGACCCAGAAGCAGCUUAUACAACAACUGGUGGGAAAAUCCCUAUAAGGUGGACAGCCCCAGAAGCUAUUGCCUACAGGAAAUUCUCCUCAGCGAGUGAUGCCUGGAGCUACGGGAUUGUCAUGUGGGAGGUGAUGUCCUAUGGAGAGAGACCAUACUGGGAAAUGUCCAACCAGGAUGUUAUUUUAUCCAUUGAAGAAGGUUACCGACUUCCUGCUCCGAUGGGCUGCCCACCGUCGCUGCACCAGCUGAUGCUCCACUGCUGGCAGAAGGAGAGAAACCACAGGCCAAAAUUCACUGACAUCGUCAGCUUCCUGGACAAACUGAUUCGCAACCCCAGCGCCCUUCACACGCUGGUGGAGGACAUCCUCGUAAUGCCAGAAUCCCCUGGUGAUGUUCCUGAAUACCCACUGUUUGUCACAGUGGGUGACUGGCUGGAUUCUAUAAAGAUGGGGCAAUACAAGAGUAACUUCAUGGCAGCGGGUUUUACAACAUUUGAUCUGAUUUCAAGAAUGAGCAUCGACGAUAUUAGGCGAAUCGGAGUCAUACUCAUUGGACAUCAGAGACGAAUAGUCAGCAGCAUACAAACUUUACGUUUACAUAUGAUGCACAUACAGGAGAAAGGAUUUCAUGUAUGAAAGUACUAUACACACCUGUAUUUUGUGCCUCAGCAUUUCUACAAAGAAAACUAUCCCCUCUACGACUCAUUCUUCUGAUUCUCCAGACGUCCCUUCACAUCCCACAGUCUCCCGUUCAGACUAUGGCUGCACACCUUGCGUUUCUGCUUUCAUCCUGGAUUUCAAUAUCGUGCUACACAGGUCCUCUCUGAAUAGCCUGCAAACGAAACUCUGGCCCACUGCAGAUUAUCACUGCGUAACGAUAGAUAACUCAGCAUGAAUGCGUGACUUUGUAUAGAAAUGUUGGGGAAGUGUUCAUGGACUUAACCUAAAGGAAUUUGUCCUUACGUGUGGCAUCUUCAGAGACGUAUGUGGAGUUUGAUGACAGAUAAGAAGGAAAUAGUUGACCAUUCUUCCAUGUUUUGUGAUCAAGUAGCUUCCAACUUCACAUACUUCUUUUUCAAUAGAGUUACUCAAAUCUACAGGUUGUGCUGUUGUUUUAUUUUUAAUAACUGUUGGUGCCUGAUGUUGUUACAAUGAUUUGCAGAACUAAUUAAUGAUUCCAUGUAGUGCAAUUGUGUCAGGUGUGAAUACAGUAUGAAGGGCAUUGUUGGGGAGGGAGAUGGACAAAAAUACUGUGCUUUUAAAUCUUCUAAGGCUGGGUUUGUCUAUAUUUUUUAAUUAACUUUAUAGGGUUCUACACAUUUCAUAGUAGGUGAUUGUUUAGAGGCUUUUCCCCCCUCUAAUUUUUUUACUAACUGUACUGUAUUUCUCUAGUAUGUUACAAGAAUCACCCUUGGAAAGACUGAGAGUGAAUCCAUUGCUCUAAAAGUUUUCAUAGAUGGAUGCGUGGAGUGAACAUAUGGCUGUUCCCUUGAAUUCAUCGUCACAAGUUUGAAAAAAAAAACAGUUAUCAAAGCAUUGAGAAAAUUAAUUGUUCACAGGACUUCUUUGAAUAGGCCUAACAUAGUAGACAUAGAUUUAAUGUGAGAUGGUUUCCUUGAUUUAAGACAGCUUAAAGCGGCCCGAGAUAAUAAAUGUAUUUUGUUGGGUGAUGAUUGGUA